AUGGCCUUAUGUAGUUACACAUGUAAAGUAAAUUGCUCUUUUCAAAGGCCUUCAAUUCCAUCCAAAGUUGAGGACUUGAAAGCCUCAAUUUCCUCUGCUUUGAAGCCAUUUUCGAGGGAUUUGGUGCAUUUUUCAAUUGUAGCUGACAUUCCAAAAACUGUGAAAGAAACUUCUUCCAAAUUAUUAGAUGCAUUUGUGGACUUUGUAUUUGAAUUUGUCGAUCAACCAUUACUUCCAUCUCAGAGUAAUUUUGCACCAGUGGAAGAAAUUGGAGAAGCUGUUGUAGUAACUACAGUGGAAGGGAAAAUUCCAGAUGAUUUUCCGGAGGGUGUUUACAUAAGAAAUGGCUCAAAUCCUCUGUUUGGAGGUCUCAAAUCGACCAAGUCCAUAUUUGGGAAAUCAAGUCAUGUAUGGAUUGAAGGCGAAGGAAUGCUUCAUGCUUUGCACUUCACUAGACAAAAAGGAAUAGGGACUUGGAAUAUCUUCUACAAUAACAAACACGUCCAAACGGACACUUUCAAGAUGGAAAUACAUAGAAAGAAACCUGGUUUUCUUCCCGCUAUUGAAGGGGAUUCUCCAGCCAUUUUAAUGGCUUACGUUUUGAAUGUGUUGAGAUUUGGCGUGGAAAACAAACAUCUAAGCAAUACAAAUAUUUUUGAGCACUCAAAGAAAUACUACUCUAUUGCUGAAAAUCAUUUGCCUCAAGAGAUAGACAUAUAUUCCCUUGCAACAUUAGGUAAUUGGAAUGUCAAUGGAGCUUGGGAUCGACCAUUCACAAGUCAUCCAAAGAAAGCCCCUGGAACUAGUGAACUUGUUAUAAUGGGAAUAUAUCCAAGAAAGCCAUACUUUGAGCUAGGAGUCAUUUCAGCUGAUGGCAAGAAAAUGGUUCACAAGGUGGAUCUCAAGUUCAAUAGGUGCAGCCUAUGCCACGAUAUGGGAGUUACAGAAAGGUACAACGUGAUCAUGGAUUUUCCUCUAACUAUUGACAUAAAUCGACUCAUUAGGGGAGACUCAUUGAUAAAGUAUGAUAAAGAUGGAUAUGCGCGGAUUGGAGUAAUGCCACGAUAUGGUGAUGCUAAUUCCGUUAGAUGGUUUGAUGUUCAACCUAGUUGUGUAUUUCACCUAAUAAAUUGUUUUGAAGACAACGAUGAGGUGGUUGUAUGGGGAUGCAGAGCUCGUGAAUCAGUAUUACCAAGACCUGGUUCCAAAGAUAAAAAAUCCAAGAGAUUUUUCAAAGGGUCUGAAGAGACAAGUUCCACAAAAAUCAAUAAUGAAUCUUUAGAAGAAUCAUUCUUUUUCCGUGUUUGUGAAUGGAGACUAAACAUGAGAACAUGCGAAGUAAAGGAGAAAAAUGUCCCAACUAAGUUUUUUAUGGAGUUCCCUAUGAUCAAUGAAAAGUUCAUUGGUCUAAGAAACAAAUUUUGUUAUCUACAAGUGGUAGAUAGAGAAGCUAGCUCCAUUUCAGAUGGAUUAGUUAAAUAUGGAGGACUUGUCAAACUUCAAUUUGAAGAAGAUAUGGAAUUGAUUAAAGUUGAGUAUCAUAUGUUGCCAGAGGGUAAUUUUUGUAGUGGAACAACCUUUGUUCCAAAACCUCAAGGUGUUGAUGAGGAUGAUGGUUGGCUUGUGACAUUCAUACACAAUGAAAAUACAAAUGUAUCUCACGUAUAUAUAGUUGAUGCAAAAAACUUUGCAACACACCCUAUUGCCACAAUCACAUUACCAAGUAGAGUGCCUUAUGGAUUUCAUGGAGCUUUCAUGCCUUUAUAACCUAGUGUCACUUACA